AUGGAUCAAAAUGAUUUUCUAUUUAUGACCGAUGAUGCAACCUAUGCAUAUGGUAAUGUAAUAUGCGAAUGGCUAUCGUUAGAACAUGAUCCCAAACGACCACAACAGAUUGACAUUUUGAAUGGCAAAAAAAUUAUUCAAGUUGAAUCCGGCAAUGAAUUUGUUGUCGUCUUAACUGAUGAUGGACUAGUGUAUCUAGCCAGUAGUGAUGAUUCUGAAUGGCAAACGUACAAUACUUUGCAAUUGAUCACUACCGGUAAUGAUCAUUUUGAAAUGAUAGCAUGUGGAUUUGGUCAUUUGUUAUUGUUACGAACGGAUGGCACUGUUUUCGCUUUGGGAAGGAAUUCUCAAGGUCAAUUGACCGGUAAUUUAAAGGCAUCGUAUAAUGAACUUGUGGACACUGGUUUGAAUAAUGUCGAAAUUAUAGCUUGUGGAGUAAGCCAUUGUCUAGCUCUCACCAAUGCGGAUGAACUUUAUUCUUGGGGUAAUAAUUAUGAUGGACAAUUAGGACUAGGAGAUAAUAAAAACCGUAAAACACCUUCACUCGUUUCGUUACCUGAUGGCUUGAUAGAUAGUCCAAUCAAAAAUAUUGUUGCUGGAGGAUGGCAUUCAUUAUUAUUACUCGAGGAUGGUCAGAUUUUUGGAUGGGGUUAUUGUCAGCGCCCUAUCAAUGAUAAUCAACAAGAUUCAAAUGUACCAACAAAAAUACCAAUCGAAAAUGUACAAAGUGUGGCAUGUAAAAAUUGUAACGUUUUUUCAUUGGCUUUAUGUUAUCUAAAAAUGGCAUCCAAAUAUUAUAAUCAAAUGUUUUCAGGUGAUUGGAAGGAAAAUAAACUUGUAACCAUCAAAGAUUAUAAUUAUGAUGUCUAUUAUUCAUAUCUAAUGAUGUUACAUAACUUUCAUAUCAAAAUCAAUAAAUUCAAUAUAGUCGAACUUAUUGAUUUGGCCAAUUGUUAUGAUGAUGAACGAUUAAUGGAAAAUUGUAAAACAUUCAUACAAAGAGAUCUGAAUCGAAAAAAUUUAUUUACUUAUCUUCCAUCGAUCAUCAAAUAUAAACUGUUCGAAUAUAAUCCUAUUCAUAUUAAACUUGUCAAGUUAAUUAUCGACAAAAUGUUACCGAAAAUUAUUGACAAAGCACCAGAGAAUAUAAAAAAUAUUGCUAAAUUUCUUGAAUG